UAUCAAACCAGUUCAAGCUGGUUUGAGUGAAAGUGAAAAUCCAUUUUGCAACGAAAGGAUUGUAAAAGGUUUCAGGAGAAAAACGCAUGUAAUCUGAAGGAGACAUGACCUCCAAAAUGAGUGUUUCUGAGGAACAGGACACAAAGAAAGAUGAGAGUCUGAUUCAGGGUAAGAGAUCAGACUCACCUGAACCCAGCUGUGUGUCCAUGAAGAGUGACUGGUCAAUCGAGCGUCCAAUAGCCUUUAGAGACAAAGACUGCACUGCUGAUCUGAGCCUACAGAAGAAUGAAUCAAAAAUCACUGAGAAGAGUCAUUUGGAGGCCAUAUUCAAGGAGCUGGAACACAAAGUCAUCAGUGUGAUACAGAAGGAGCUGAAGAGGUUUAAGAAGCUCCUGAGUCCAGAUUCCCCAGCAUGCUCUGAGAGGGAGGUGGAGGAUGAGGAGGAUCAGAGCAGUGUCAGAGAGGGAGUGCUGAAGAUCACACUGCACUUCCUGAAGAACAUGAACCACACAGAUCUCGCUCACACACUGCGCAACAAGUCUGCGGUCUCUGUGUACCAGCGAAAACUCAAAUCCAACCUGAAAGAAAAGUUUAAAAGAAUUAAUGAAGGAAUCUCACAGUAUGAAAGCUCAGCACUUCUGAAUGAGAUCUACACAGAGCUCUACAUCACAGAGGGUUGGAGUGGAGACGUCAAUAAAGAACAUGAGGUGAGACAGAUUGAGACAGCGUCCAGGAGACCAGCUAUACAGGAGACACCCAUCAAAUGUAAUGAUCUCUUUAAAGACAUGUCCAUCAGAAGUGUGUUGACUAAAGGAGUUGCUGGAAUUGGAAAAACAGUCUCUGUGCAGAAGUUCAUUCUGGACUGGACUGAAGGAAAAACAAAUCAGGACGUCAUCUUCAUGUUUCCACUUCCCUUUAGAGAGCUGAAUCUGAUGAAGCAGGACAAUCUCAGUCUGAUGAAACUUCUUCAUCAUUUUUACCCAGAAAUGAAAGAAUUGCGAUUAAUAGACUGCGAGAUCAACAAAGUCCUGUUCAUAUUUGAUGGUCUGGAUGAGUGUCGACUUCCUCUAAAUUUCCAGAACAAUGAGAGAUUGUGUGAUGUGACACAGUCAGCCUCAGUGGAUGUGCUGCUGACAAACCUCAUCAAGGGGAAUCUGCUUCCCUCUGCUCUCCUCUGGAUAACCUCUCGACCAGGAGCAGCCAAUCAGAUCCCUCCUGAGUGUGUAGACCAGGUAACAGAGGUACGAGGGUUCAGUGAUCCUCAGAAAGAGGAGUACUUCAGGAAGAGGAUCAGUGAUCAGAGCCUGGCUAAUAAAAUCUUCACACACAUGAAGACUUCAAGAAGCCUCUACAUCAUGUGCCACAUCCCAGUCUUCUGCUGGAUCUCAGCCACUGUUCUCGAGAGAAUGUUGGGUGAAGCAGAGAGUGGAGAGAUCCCCAAGACUCUGACUCAAAUGUUCACACACUUCCUGAUCUUUCAGAUCAAACACAAGGACCAAAAGUACCAUCAGAAAUGUGACUCUGAUCCUCAGCAGACCAGAGAGAGUAUCCUGGCACUGGGAAAAUUGGCUUUCCAACAGCUGGAGAAAGGAAACCUGAUUUUCUAUGAGGAAGACCUGAGAGAGUGUGGCAUUGACGUGAGAGAAGUGUCAGUGUACUCAGGAGUGUGUACGGAAAUCUUCAGAGAGGAGUUUGGGCUUCACCUGGGGAAGGUGUUCAGCUUCGUACAUCUGAGUGUUCAGGAGUUUCUGGCUGCUUUAUAUGCAUUUCUCUCCUUCCUCAGCAGAAAUGUAACAGAGCAACAAACCACUGAUCUGUCUGAUCUUUUCAGCAAGUCAACCAUGUCUGAUUUCCUCAGGAGUGCAGUGGACAAGGCCUUACAGAGUGAGAAUGGACACCUGGACAUGUUCCUCCGCUUCCUUCUGGGUCUCUCACUAGAGACCAAUCAGACUCUCUUACGAGACCUACUGCCCCAGACAGGAAGUAGCUCUCACAGCAAACAGGAAACAGUCGAGUACAUCAAGGAGAAGAUCAGGGAGAAUCCACCUCCAGAGAAAUCCAUCAAUCUGUUCCACUGUCUGAAUGAACUGAAUGAUCAUUCUCUAGUGCAGGAAGUACAAUGUUACCUGAACAGAGGAAAUUAUACUCCUCUCAGUGGAGUCAGACUCUCUCCUGCUCAGUGGUCAGCUCUGGUGUUUGUGUUACUGAACUCAGAACAGGAACUGGAUGUGUUUGAUUUGAGGAAAUAUGACCAAUCAGAGGAAUGUCUUCUGCAGCUGCUGCCAGUGGUCAAAGCCUCUAGAAAAGCUGAUCUGUGGGACUGUGAUCUGACCGAGGAAAGCUGUAGAGUUCUGUCCUCAGUUCUCAGCUCAAACUCCUCCAGACUGAGAGAACUGAACCUGAGUCGCAAUAUCCUGCGGGAUUCAGGAGUGAAGCUGCUCUCUGCUGGACUGGAGAAUCCACACUGUACACUGGAGAUACUGAGUCUGUGUGGGUGUAAUCUGAGAGAGGAAAGCUGUAGAGUUCUGUCCUCAGUUCUCAGCUCAAACUCCUCCAGACUGAGAGAACUGAACCUGAGUCACAAUAACCUGCAGGAUUCAGGAGUGAAGCUGCUCUCUGCUGGACUGGAGAAUCCACACUGUACACUGGAGAUACUGAGUCUGUGUGGGUGUAAUCUGACAGAGGAAAGCUGUCGAGUUCUGUCCUCAGUUCUCAGCUCAAACUCCUCCAGAUUGAGAGAACUGAACCUGAGAGACAAUAACCUGCAGGAUUCAGGAGUGAAGCUGCUCUCUGCUGGACUGGAACAUCCACACUGUACACUGGAGAAACUGAGGUUGUGUAACUGCAGUAUCACAGGUGAAGGUUGUGCUGCUCUGGUUUCAGCUCUGAGGUCAAAUCCCUCAUCACACCUGAGAGAACUGAAUCUGAACUGCAAUAAUCCAGGAGAAUCAGGAGUGAAGCUGCUCUCUGAUCUACUGAAGGAUCCACACUGUACACUGGAGACACUACAGUUCAGGACUGUUUUAUAAUCUGAGCAUUAACUGAAGCUCUUGAUGUGUAUCUGAAUGAUUUUAUAGAUUGUGCUGCUGCCACAUGAUUGGCUGAUUGGAUAACUGCAUUAUGGGCAGGUGUACAGGUAUUCCUAAUAAAGUGGACAGUGAGUGUGUGUGAUUGUUACUGUUUUAAAAUAAUGAUGAUAGUGGUUAAGAUUUUGCUUUUCCAAUGCUUUGUUUUGGUUAAUUGGAUGAUGUACAUAUCAGGACUAUAAACACAAAGCAGCUGCGUUAAAUAAACUAAAGUUUGAGAAUAGUUUGAGUUUUUAUGAAAUAAAGAGAUUAUCUGGACAAAGGGCUGUUUCCAGAACAGGGUUUAAAUUAAGACAUGAGUCAGCGGGGUGGACUGAAACAAUAAUUCAGGCUGGGACUUUAACUCCAUCCCAGGCCACCCUGUUCACACAAACCACCAGACCGCUAAUUCUCUUGGCUAGCCAUGGACAUCAUUUUGGUCUGAAAAGUUCUAGGGACACAGAUGGGACUUUAAAUGAUCCGACCUGUCACUGGUCUAUUGCAUAGUCUGCCUCUGCUAUUACGAUGAGUGUAACCCCAAUACAAAUGCUCCACAUUUCAUAGGUUACUGAAAUUGUGUAGGACUUUAAAACUAAACAUGCUGAAAACAAAGGGUAUAUAUCUCUGUCAACUCAUUGCCAGUGGAUACAGAACACUGCAGGGAGAACACUUCAGUGUUUUCAAGAUCUGCUAUGUUUCUGGGUGCAUCUUCAAAAACUCAUGAGGAAUACAUCAAGCAUAGCACAUACAAAUGUACAAGACUGGACACACAAAACAAUGAGCCUACACUUUUUAAAAAGAGAAUGAGUCCAAACAGACCCCCACAUGCUCUUAACAAGCUGAGGGAAAGAUCAGUUCCUUUCAGUACUUCAUGAGGAUUCAAGCCAGCAGACACAGGCAGAUGAUCAUGUAGAUGCUUUUCGACAUCCAAAUGGCCCUGAUUUCAGUAUAUGAUCUGGCUAUGGGGCACGGUGGUGUAGUGGUUAGCACUGUUGCCUCACAGCAAGAAGGUCCGGGUUCGAGCCCCGUGGCUGGCGAGGGCCUUUCUGUGCGGAGUUUGCAUGUUCUCCCCGUGUCCGCGUGGGUUUCCUCUGGGUGCUCCGGUUUCCCCCACAGUCCAAAGACAUGCAGAUUAGGUUAACUGGUGACUCUAAAUUGACCGUAGGUGUGAAUGUGAGUGUGAAUGGUUGUCUGUGUCUAUGUGUCAGCCCUGUGAUAACCUGGCGACUUGUCCAGGGUGUACCCCGCCUUUCGCCCGUAGUCAGCUGGGAUAGGCUCCAGCUUGCCUGCAACCCUGUAGAACAGGAUAAAGCGGCUAGAGAUAAUGAGAUGAGAUGAGAUGAGAUGAGAUCUGGCUAUGCUUGGUAAUAUCAGGUGUUCAUCAAGAAGAUCCAAAAAAGAGAUGCCAAAUAUCUUAAACAACUUUCAUCAUAACUUUUUUUAAAUAAUUGUGUCUCCAAGAAACACAGCUAAAAUGAAAGAGGAAGCAGUAAUGCUAUAACUUUUUUUUUUUAACAACCCAGUUCCAUACUUGGUAAUAAAAGGCACCAUAUUUGAGUAGUGCUAAACUGAUACUCUCUGCUGUGGCCUUGAAAUUAACCAAAUGUAGCUACGUUACCAACUUUUGUUGAUCAGGCAGAAAUAAAACAUGCAGAGCCAAGGACACAUUGUACAGUAGUUGCAUAAAGGUAUUGUUGAAUCCCAAAACAAAUCAUGUCUCUUUGUACUACAGCAGUGGUCAGUACAUAUGAGCAAUGAAUGUUUUAAAACAAAGGGUUUUUUUUUUGUUAUUGUUUUAUGCUUCCAUUGCACUACUGUUUGAAGAAUACUUGUAACAUUAAUGUUUAUAGCAAUAUUUAUAACAUUGACAAUGACAGUAUAAUGCAACAUAAUUUUUUGUUUACCAGUU